AACCGUUUGAGCCAUAGUGCAAGAUACCCGUAUGUCUUCUUUUAAGACUGUCGCUAAGUGAAAUGUAAAUAUUAAGGUUUAAGUUUGUAGGUAGAUCAGGUUUGUAGAUAUUAUAAAAAUUUUGUAUAAUAUUUUUUUGAUUGUUCCAAAUGUUUUAAAACAUUUAUAAUUAAAAAAUGAUUCAGUAAUCACCUUAUCACUCACUCUUCGGUAAUUGAAGAUCAGUUGAUUCAAUUCGAUCAAAAAGAUGGAUGCAGAGAUUGGCUUACAGGCAACAAACACUAUGACUAUAACAGGAAUACCAGGACGCUCAGGGAGAUUACCCCCUCUACGUACUGAAGAUUUUCAUAAAAAGUCACCAAGAUAUAAUAAAGAGGGAAAAAAAGAAGCAAAUCCAGAGAUACAAGCAGAAAGAAGGGCAAAAACAACUGUAUCUAUACCUUCGUUUAAUCAUUCAGCCCAAGAAAAAAAUCCAGGAUUAUCAACUCAGACAGGAGAUCACUCAGUGUUAAGAAGCUCAUCAACAAUGGACAAACCUAUGGAAAUUGUCGUUUAUUUUUCUGAUAAAACUGGUAUAAGUCUAAAUGUUGAUGAUGGAGUAAAUGUUACUGCCAUGGAAUUAUUUGAUAUGGUUUAUGAAGAGACUGGCCUACCGAAUGAAGGACGGGAAACCUUUUCUCUGUGGCUUAUGUCUAAUUUAUUGGAAUUGCAACUGAAGCCUUCUCAUGUCCCUUUCCGUUUGGCCGCCUUUUGGGAGGAUAUGCUUGAAGAAUACACAGGCGCUGAUGAUGAAAGAAUCGAUAAAGAUGAGCCUAUUUUAAUGUUCCAAAGAAACGUCUUUUGCACACGUAAAGAAGAACGAGCUAUAAACGAUACAAGAGCUAUAAGCUUAUUAUUUCACGAGGCUAAAGAAAACGUAAUUGAUGGCCGCUAUCCUCUAAAGAAAUUGGAUGAUUAUCAUAAUCUUGCAGCUUUACAGUCCCUUAUCAGCCAUGAAUGGUUUGAUGCAAAAACUCAUACUCCAGAAUAUUUCAAAACUCGUCUAAAUCAAUACUAUCCAGAGCACUUACUUAAAAAGAAAUGGUCAAUACUUUGCGGCUCUUCAAAAGAUAGCUUGGAAGAUGGCCUCGUUAAAGCAUUACGUCAAAAGGUAAAGAAAUUAAAAUCAGGCAACUUGCAUUUAUCUACUUUAAUGGUUGAAUAUUUGGAUUGGUGUAGAGAUAAUUUACCUUUUUAUGGAGGAGCGUUUUUUGCUGGCCAGAUUGUUCAUCCAAGGAAUAAGCUAUUAGUAAAACUCUUUGGACAGCCCGAAGAUCCGGUCUAUAUUGCUAUAAAUAUGGAUGGAGUUUUUGUUAUAGAUAUGGACGACGUCAUUUUCUUAUUGGGAAUAUUAUAUAAGGAUUUGAAAUGGGAAAUAGCCGAAAAAGAAGAAAAUAAACGGAAGGAGAGUUGUUUAUUUUUACAAUUUGAUCAUAUGGAAAAAGAUAGAGAACAAGAGGUAAAGAAACUAUUGCAAAUCUUUUCGAGGGAAGCCAACUUAAUGGAUGCGCUAAUAUGCGCAAGUGUUAACAAAUUAAAGACUCUUGGAAAAUUCGCCGAUGACGGCGGUUGGAAAGAUGACGGAGAUGAUUUUGAUGAUAAUGUAAUUAUGCCUUCCGACGACAUAUGGGAGAAACUAAAAUCAUCAUUAUCAACUUUUAGUAAAUCAGAGGCGCUAAUUUGUGCUAAGACUGAGUGUAAAAUCAAUCAAGAUUUUACUAUAAACUGUCGGAAAGAAGAACAAUAUGGGUUAACUAAGCGACUUGGUUGUCGAUCGUUUUCAUCUAUUUCGGGACGAGUGUGCAAACAAUCGGAAGAUGCUUGCUCGGAGCGUCUUACGGGAGAUGAAAGGGGGUCGAAGGUUUCUUGCUGUUGUAAUUCGGAUUUUUGUAAUUUGGAAACAGUAAAAACUGACGCUUCGGUCUUUGAAAUUCUCGAGCGGGGUUUAAAUGAGCUAGAUGAGGGGGUUGAGUCCAAUUGGUUCGUAAAUGCGGAAAUCGAUUUCUUCAAGCAACCCGCAAACGACAGUUCCCUUUUAAGCAAAGAAGAACGGGACGAAUACGAGUUAACGGAUCAAGAUGUAUAUAUUUUGAUAGGGACAAUGUAUAUGACAAUUUUCAUUCUUUCAUUACCCUAUAUACUAUGGGCCACUAUGCAAGGUUAUAAAUCCAGGUCGGAAGAGCAGCAGGCUCUCGCCGAAGUGAAAAAACUUCAGGAACUUGAAGAAGUAGCUAGAGAGGAUAUUAAGAAAGAAGUAAAAACUGUAGAACGAACGGAAACCACACAAAUGAAAUGUAACACAGGCUUGAAGCAUGAGAUGACAGAUGGUAGUAGUGAAGAAUAUGACAGUAAAACGGAAAAGGUAUUAUCCGACCAAGUCGUAUGGAAAAAUGUUAGACGAAGAAUUUUAACAAUAGAGGAAGCCAUGACCGCUCUGAAAUUGACUGUAAAUAGCAGCCGGAAAGUCUCUAACAGUACGGCUACAGAGAGGAGAUCAGCAAAAAAAAGUUAA